UUACUAAGAGGCCCAAAGUGUGCCAAGAAAAUACUCCCCACACCAGGGAUUCCCAAACACAUUCCUGGAGCCUCCCCAGCACUGCACAUUUUGCAUGUCUCCUUUGUCUGACACACCCAUUUCAGAUCUUGGAGUCUCGACUAAUAAGCUGAUGAUCUGAAUCAGGUGUGUUUGAUUAAGGAGACAUGGAAAUGUGUUUGGGAACCCCUGCCCCACACCAUUACACCACCAGCAGCCUGAACUGUUGAUGCAAGGUAGGAUGGAUCCAUGCUUUUAUGUGGUUCAAACCAAAUUCUGACCCUACCAUCUGAAUGCCACAGCAGAAAUCGAGACUCAUCAGACCAGACAACGUUUUUCCAAUCUUCAAUUGUCCAAUUUUGGUGAGCCGUUGCAAACAGUUCCCUGUUGGUCUUUUGCUGCUGUAGUCAAUCUGCUUCAAGGUUGGACGUAUUGUGCAUUCAGAGAAGCUCUUCUGCAGACCUCGGUUGUAACGAGAGGUUGUUUGAGUUACUGUUGCCUUUGUAUCAACUCGAACCAGUCUGGCCAUUCUUCUCUGACCUCUGGCAUCAACAAUCAUGCACUCCAUACAGUAACCAUUUUGCACAUUCAAAGUCACUCAAAUCACCUUUUCCCCAUUAUGAUGCUCAGUUUGAACCUCAGCAGAAUAUCUUAACCAUGUCUACAUGCCUAAAUUCACUGAGUUGCUGCCAUGUGAUAUGCUGAUUAGAUAUUUGUGUUAACCAGCAGUUGAACAGGUAUACCUAAUAGAGUGGCUAGUGAGUAUAGAUUAUACACUUAAAAGGGGGUAUGGAUGUGCUCACUCAAUAAUACUAAAGGUCAAGACUGAAGAAUUAACCUGACAAUUAAGUAUUUUGCAUACCACUCCACUGGUAAAUUUACAAUAUUGAAUUCCAUCAUUUAUGCAGCAUGGCAUCUACCCAAUCUACUUUCUAUUUAGAAUUCGUGAAAGCAUCUGGUGUAACUGUUUGGUACAAUGAGUCUCCAGUCACUCUGCUCUAGCAUGUGUCAGACUGAGAUGUUCUUCUCCAUCAGUUCAUCAUCAGUUGUAAGGCUGUGUCCAUUCUGUCUCCUUUAUUUAUCUGAACACCACAGUGAAAGCAAAUGCCACCCUGAAUGGAUGGGUAAGUAAGAGCCACCACUGAAAACAUUCAUCCACUGUCCAGGGAAACAGAAGAAGAGACUGCUUUAAAGACAUUUAGGGAAUGUGGUUUACAGCAUUUGCCAAUGCUGGCACAGCCAUCAGGUAAAGACAGACCUGACAUGAAUCAAAAGAAAUUACACCAAAAGCCUGAUGCAACUUCUUGCUGAAAGAACUUUUGAAACAUCAUGAGAUGUGUAUAAAUAAUGUAAUUUCACAUUUACAGCCUCUAAAUUGCAUAAAAACCAGAGUAUGGGCGUUGGUGAACAUCUCUCACUUUUGGUCUGAAACCCAAAAGCCUUUUUCGGGCAUAAAAUCAAGUCCAAAGAGCAACUGUAUUCUGCCAAUAUACUGUAGUCCUACACAGCAUAGAGAACAAAAGAAGACAAGAUCCUUUGAGAAAUGGGAAGAAACCUGUUGAACUGUUCAUUUCACGUCAUACCACCAACUUUUCCCAAAAUGAGUGAAGGGUUUUCCGAAUAGGUUUUCCUCUGCUUCUCAAGACAGGCCGACACAAAUAAUGUCACGCACAUGACCAUAGUUGAUUCGUCUAAUGCAAAAAUAUUGGUUCUAAUGUCAACACCGCAAUACAGCACUGUUUGUCAUAGGGACUCUCCACACCACUUAACAGAGCUGUCACCAGGAAAUGUUCAAGUCAAUUAUUAGUGGGAAGACCAUAGGACAGUACUAUGCUAAUGUCUGCAGAUAAGUAUAUAUUGAUGCAAACCAAAAAAAAACUGCUGUGCAAUCAACUUUAGUUUCAUGCAGUGUCAUUGUUGCAAAACACAUGCAGCUGUUACGAAGAUGAACUGCCCUCUCUCCCUCUUUAUCUAUGAGAACAAAUAUCUUUUAUGCAAUGAACAUCAUUUUGUGCUUGCUUUUGUUUUGAUGACGCACCAACGGUGGGCACUGGCAGAGUCCUUAGAGUUCAGUUACCUGUUAACCAUCCUACAUUAAAGGACAAAGUGAAUCUUUAAAAUGUUCAGCCUGAUUGAAGGAAUGAGACCAUUAAUGAUCUUUUACUCCACUUAAACUUAGUUGCUAGAUUAUAAGUCUAGACUUGAAUGAUCUUGUUCUGAUUUUGCUAAAGUUGAAUAUCUAGACAGGUUUGAUCUGUUACAGUGAUUAUUGACAUGGAAAACUGGUAUCCUAUGACUGGUAUCCUAUGACUGCAUUUCCUAAGAAGUUUGUUGGAGGUAAGACAAUAAAAGCUUUAUUUUUAAUGCUAAAAAGCUUCAUCUGGUAUCAUAACAUGCAGUAUGUGCAAAAGGAAGGAAAAUUAAUAUUAACUUACAUGCUGAAUAGUGGCAUACUGACCCAGUUAUCUUCUGUAAUGCCCAUAAUCUUGUUUAUAUUGAAUGCCAAUGUGAAGGCUGAAAUGAUCACCUGUGUGUAUCUGCUUAAUGCUUUCUUUAUUAAAAAGUGCUCGAUUUUCAUAAUCCUCUUAAGCACAUUGCUCCUGUGAGAAACUGCCCCAAGAUAUCUCUAGUUUAGUCAGUUUUCUGGGCCAACCAUGCAGAGAAAUUCCUUUUUUAAAAUUACAGUUAUUAGGCCACAAGUUUUUUUUUUAGACUUUGAAUACAUUAGUUGAUUUUUGCAUGUCAGGUAAUGAUAUGAAUAAUGUUCUGAAGGCUGAUGGAUCAGUCUUUAGAUACAUGAACUGGGCCAUUACUGAGGUCACAAUCCUGCUUUAUUACCUUUAUGGCCGUGAGCCCUGAGGGCCUGCCCUUACCAUUUCAUAUAAAAUACGAUCCAGUGUACUAUUGGUUGAGAAGGGUGAUAAUUAUUGAGUUCAUUGUAGUACUGCUAAACUCUGGAACAUGGGUGUGAUCAGAGGCGUAUCUAGAGAGUGAGCGAAUGAGAGAAACACUACAUAUAUGCUUUCAGGCAAAAUACAUUAUAAUACAUAGUAGAUCUACUCAGAUUCUGCAAGCUUGAACAGGAAAAAUGGGAGGCUACAGUAUAAAAUCUACCAUUUGGUGAAACUGAUCACUGUAAGUUUAGAUGAUAUUGUAAACUUAUGAUACUGUAUGGAAAAAGAGAUCUGCUAAAUGCAAUGUAACACUGAUUUGCAUUCUGGAGUAAUCUAAUGGAAUGGACAAACAACCCUCAUACUAAAAAGUUAAACAGUAUUGAACUAAAUCACAUAUGGUGAUUAGACUUGAAAUGGUCAAUUGGCACAUUAUUUUCCCCUCAACAUUAAUAUUGUGUGUACUGAACAAAACUGCACAAUCAACUGUCUAAAAGGAUCACUGAUUAACUCAAAGAUUCACAUGACAUGACGUCACAACAGUGUCAAUAUGUACUUUGUGUAGAGAUGGGGAAAGAGUCAGGGAAGGUAGGUUUUAGAGAGAGAGAGGUUUUAAGAAUGAAAGAUGGUUAUCUGUAAACUUAAUUUGAGCUAUUAUUAACUGUGAAAACAGAACAGGAGUUUAGGAAAGGAAAUAUCAACUGGUAAAAUAAACUUAGAUUCAUUAGGGGGAAAGCCAAGAAGGCCGUAUGGCUAUAUGGGCCAUGUUUAUCAAUUCACUUUUCUUUUAUACAAUUAAUCAUCGUUUAUGACAGUUUACUGUCAUAAAAUCUCUUUCAAAAACGUAAUCUGAACGUUCAAUGUUAUUAUAACCUGCAUACUACCUAUUUGAUCUUGCUUUUUUUUUGUCUUUAUGACAUAUCUGAAAAGAAACCUGACAUGUAAUAAGAGCAUAUAUUUAGUAAAUAUUCAAUCUCCUGUAGGUAGAUACGUAAAUAAACAUAAGCUACGUUUGUUAGAUGUAAAACAUAUGUAAACAUAGGCAUCAUGGCACUGCGCAUGAGCGGAAGGUAUAAUAUUUUAGUAGUACUAUCGUAGUAAUACAAGUAAUAUAUAUUUAUAAAUUAUUUAUUAAUUUGCAGAAUUAACGGAGUUAUAUUACUACGUGUAAAGUCAAGGUGUAUCUUCCUGGCCAACUACAAUGAAAAUGUUCAGAUUUCUUGUAUCCUGGAUUUCAAACAUUCACUGGAAUAAAACAUAGGCUAAUUGCAUAAAAUUUAAAGAAAACGGCAUACAAGCUCUGUAUACUCACACGAAUACCCUUAUAUUUUUUGCGUAAAGAUAUAAACAAUACCGAUAAUGAUAUUUUUUCUUCUAAAAUCACAAUGCAUCGUGCUUACUGCAGCAAACUCUUCGGCUUUAGGACCCUGCAGCGGUCCGCGCAGCAGCGCAGAGACCUCACGGUGAAUCACUACAGAUGACGGGAGGAGCCAUAUGUAUCCCUAUCAACCCGGAUUUAAAGAAGAACAGCGUUUCUAACAGUACUUUAAAUAGGCCUGUUAUUGUGUUUAAAUUAACACAAUAACACUCGUUCAGCAUGACAUUGAGAAGUAUUUCUGUACCCUGAUAAGCUGCACGCGCCAGAGGUGUGGUGGUCAGAGAUGGAGCACAUCAGAAUGCCAAAGGUUGAAAAUGUCCGGUUAGUCGACAGAAGUUUGUCUCGAAGAACUCAAGUGGGCACGCUCUACCUGACAGCCACACACACUAUCUUUGUUGGUAAAGGAUCUGAGGACAGAAAUGAGCUGUGGGUUCUGCACAGUUUAGUGUGUAAUAUUGUAAAGCAUAAAGCAUCUCAGAGUGGAUACCCUUUAUUAAUCCACUGCAAGAACUUUCAGGUCAUACAGUUUAUUAUUCCUCAAGAAAGCGACUGCCAUGAUGUUUACAUUUCACUUUCACGUCUGUCUAGGCCAGAAAAAUAUGAAGAGCUGUAUUGUUUUUCCUUCAAUCCUAAUGCUGACAAAGCUGAAAGGGAGCUCUCAUGGGACUUUUUAGAUUUGAAGGCCGAGUACAGUCGAAUGGGACUUCCAAAUAAGCUAUGGCAUGUCACCCCCAUCAACCGAGAGUACAGAGUGUGUGAUACUUACCCAUCUGACUUGUUCGUGCCUAAAUCCGUCACCCUCCCUGUCAUCGUAGGGAGCUCUAAGUUUCGUAGCAGAGGUCGAUUUCCCACGUUGUCAUACUACUGCAAGGAAAAUCAUGCCACAAUAUGUCGCAGCAGUCAGCCUCUUUCUGGCUUCAGCGCUCGCUGCCUGGAGGACGAGCAAAUGCUGCAGGCCAUCAUGAAGUCUAAUCCUGGCAGCAGAUUCAUGUAUGUUGUGGACACCAGACCCAAGCUAAACGCAAUGGCAAACCGAGCUGCGGGCAAAGGCUACGAAAAUGAGGACAACUACUGCAACAUUAAAUUCCAGUUCAUCGGCAUUGAAAACAUCCACGUGAUGAGGAACAGUCAGCAGAAUCUCAUAGAGGUUUCUGCACUUCGUUCUCCCUCCAUGAGAGAAUUUCUCUUGGGGCUUGAAAAUUCAGACUGGUUGAGACACAUCAAAUCGAUCAUGGAGGCUGGAAUCUUCAUAUCUAAGGCCGUGGCAGAGGAAGGGGUCAGUGUCCUGGUUCAUUGCUCUGAUGGCUGGGAUAGGACGGCUCAGGUUUGCUCUGUGGCCAGUGUGCUUUUGGACCCCUACUACAGGACCCUCAAGGGACUCAUGGUGCUGAUUGAGAAAGACUGGGUUUCAUUUGGACACAAGUUUUCACACAGAUGCGGCCAUCUAGAUGGAGAAGCCAAGGAAGUGUCCCCUGUUAUGGACCAGUUCCUGGAAUGUGUAUGGCAGCUUAUGGAUCAGUUUCCCUGUUCUUUUGAGUACAAUGAGAAGUUUCUAAUCAGCAUCCACAACCACAUUUACUCCUGUCACUAUGGCAACUUCAUUUGUAACAGCCAGAAGGAGAGGAAAGAUCUGUGCAUCAAAGAGAAAACUCAUUCCAUAUGGCCUCAUUUAUGGGAGAACAAGAUGGACUUCAUGAACCCUCUGUUCAAACCAGAUCAGGGACUUCUAAGGCCCAGUACUGCCCCCUUCUGCUUCAAAUACUGGAGAAGCUUGUAUAAUCGAUUUGAUCGUGAGUUGCACCCACGUCAGUCUGAGCUGGAUUGUCUGAUGGCUGUAAAAGAGGAAACACAGCAACUUGAGGAAGAACUGGCUCUCUAUGAACAGAAACUGGCUGUUCUGGAUAAGGAGCGAGCAAAAACACUUUACAUGCAGAAGGGUGUGUUGGACAGCAAACAGACGCUUUGGUCGUUCCCUUUAGAUGCAAGCCUGGUCAAUACUCCUCAGGAUUACAUUGGUGGCUUGAUAGGUGCUGCUCCCAAUGUUUUCUCCUCACAGCAAGGAGAGAAAGAAAGCCUGUUUGGAGACAAACAAAAAUGCCCUGAUGCUGACAAUAGUGACCAGGAGUCAGGAGUGGCAGAUUUCAGCUCCCAUUCUUCUGGUGAAGAGUCCUUGCCAAGCGAGGACAGUGUGAAGGAUCCUGACUCGGAUGAGACUGGCCUCAACAGAGCAUGAGCAAAUGAGAAAGCUAUAGCAUCUACUGUAUGUGAUCAAGAUAAGAGAGUGGGUAUUUCAAAUUAUGCAAAGAUAUUGGACAAUGUGGACGUGUGUCUCAUGCAUAUGGCACUACAGAAGCAUGUCUUUCUAUAUGAAUGUGUAUUACGGGUGUACGAUGUAAAGAGUGAUGUUUUAUUCUAAUAUAUAUUUAUAAUUUCUCUCUAGCAUGCACUCUUUCAAAACAUUAAACACCUGUGUGCAAUAAAUGAUCUCAUCUUAAUUUUUGCACUUUAUGCAAUGACUUGAAUACAUACAUGAAACUUCUGUUUGUUAUGAUAUUUACAUCUUUAAAUGUGCUUUAGAAGUAACAUUUACCCAUUCUUAAGGGGAUCCGGUCAGUCCUUGGAUCGUUUGCAUAGCAUACUUAUAAAACCACGGUUUUUGUGCAUAAUGUUGUACACUUUAAACUGGGCCUGGCAGUUGUAUGAAAACAAAUUCACAGAAACUGAAAGAACCAAAAGAAACCAGACCAAAUAAGGUAUGUUGUAUUAAAUGAAGCAAAAAGUAUAAAUACUUCUUGUUACAUGCUAUGAUAUUUGCAUCAUGCUUUUGGUAAUUUAGAAAAAUAAUGCAAUUUAGAUUUUGUUCAGUUUAGAUCCAUACUGCAAAUUUGCUCACCUAUUUUCAUGUUUUAACCUCUCCCUUUGUCAUAAGGUGUGUAAACAAAAAUAAAGGCAACAUUACAAUAAUUUAUUUUUAAUUCAGUGGUCUCAAAA